AUGGAUAGCAGUCUUGCAGUUCCAAAAAUUACCGAUACGGAAGGAUCACAUGUGCAAAAUGAAUUCUAUCGAUUCAUCAAUGAAUUCGAAAAUGCAAAUGGAACACUUAUUUAUAAAGAAGAAAUUCCACAUCUAUACCAUCCAGAACGCAACACGCUGUUUGUCCAGUUUGAUGACCUUUUCUCCUUCAGCAAUACGCUUGCAUCAGCGCUUGAAUUGCAGUUUUAUAGACUAUAUCCAUAUUUAUGUAGAGCUCUGCACCUGACUAUCAUGGAUGGUUGCAAUGACGAUAAUAUAAGACAACGGUUGCAAAGGAAGGAAUUUUAUGUCAGUAUUGGACAAAUUAGAAACAAACUCAGAGUUCGCGAAUUAACAGCUAGUAAAAUUGGCGCUUUGACGUGUAUUUCGGGACAGGUAGUGCGAACACAUCCAGUAUAUCCUGAACUUCAUAAAGGUGUUUUUAUCUGCGAUGACUGUGGAACGAAAGUUAAAAAUGUUGAACAACAAUUUCGCUACACACCGCCGGCACAAUGUGCAAAUCAGCAAUGCAGUAAUCGUGGUCGUUUCCAGCUGGAUAUCUACGAGUCAUCAUUCAUCGAUUUUCAGAAAAUACGUAUGCAAGAAACUCAAGCGGAAUUACCACGAGGUAGUAUCCCAUUAAGUUUGGAUGUUAUCUUACGCGGUGAACUCGUUGAAACCAUACAACCCGGUGAUCGGUGUGAUUUCGUCGGUGCACUGAUUGUCAUUCCAGAUGUAGCUCAGCUGAGUGCGCCAGGACUUCGAGCAGAAGCUUCCAGUCGUAAUCGACGUCGUGGUAUUGGAAAGGAGCAAGAGGGUAUUACUGGGUUGAAGGCUUUGGGUGUGCGAGAUAUGAACUAUAAAUUGGCAUUCCUAGCAUGCAACGUUACGGCCUCAAUUCCUUCGUUUGGUAGUCGAGUUCUUGCACAUGAAGAUUUGGACCAUAAUGAGUUGUGGUCACAGUUAUCUGAAAAUGAAAAGAAGGUGAUGCGUAAAAUGAGUGAAGAUAAAUCAAUCGCCCAAAAUCUUAUUUGCAGCUUGUUUCCAGACAUUUAUGGGAAUGACGAGGUAAAGCUUGGAGUACUUCUGAUGCUUUUUGGUGGUGUUCAGAAACGAAGUGAGGGAGAAGGAACUACUUUGCGUGGCGAUAUAAAUGUUUGUUUGAUUGGUGAUCCAAGCACAGCGAAAAGUCAAAUUUUGAAGACAGUGGAGCACUUUUCACCGAGAGCGGUUUAUACUUCCGGCAAAGCAUCGUCAGCAGCUGGUUUAACAGCAGCAGUUGUAAAAGACGAGGAGUCAUUUGAGUUUGUUAUUGAAGCUGGUGCUUUGAUGCUCGCGGACAAUGGUGUUUGUUGCAUUGAUGAAUUUGACAAGAUGGAUGUGAAAGAUCAAGUUGCAAUUCACGAAGCCAUGGAACAGCAAACUAUAUCGAUAACGAAAGCAGCGAAUCCGGUUGGUGGCCGUUACGAUCGGUCACGGCCAUUAAAGAACAACAUACAACUUUCUGCACCUAUCAUGUCUAGAUUUGAUCUUUUCUUCAUCCUAGUUGAUGAAUGCAAUGAGAUCGUAGAUUACGCUAUAGCUCGGCGCAUAUUGGACACUCAUCGUCAGCUAGCAAUCCAAGAAAAACCAGAAACAGUAUACAGUCUAGACGAUAUCCAUCGUUACAUUACUUUUGCUCGAUGCUUCAAGCCGAGGAUUGGUGAUGCAGCUGCAAUACUUUUGGUUUCUGAAUAUAAACGUUUACGUAUGAGCGACAGUAAUAAUUCGACUACAUCAUCCUGGCGAAUAACCGUGCGACAAUUAGAAUCGUUAAUACGACUUUCCGAAGCACUUGCUCGGCUUCAUUGUGAAGGCGAAGUCAAAGUGGAACACGUUCAUGAAGCUUCAAAACUACUGAGCAAAUCGAUAGUGCGCAUCGAACAGCCUGAUAUUGUUUUGCAAGAAGAUGAUACACUUUUGGAAGCUGAAAUGAUGGACGCGACGGAAUCAGAUACUCAAGGAGGAAGUGCUCUUCGUGAACGAAAUAGAGAAGCGGAAGGAAGUACA